CUACGCUUCCAGUCAGUUCCUCCAACACUCUGAAGACGAGGCUGGCUCUGGCUUAGGCCAGACAGCCAACAUCCCGAGGAGAAGAAACAUUUCGAGAGCCGACGCACCACUGUCCCCCAAAAAUGGCCGAAGAACAGCGUCUGGUCAUCCAGCUGGCCGGUGGGGGUCCCUGGGGAUUUCGGCUGAAAGGAGGCAGCACAAGCCCCCUUCAAGUGGCUAAGCUCCGUGCUAACAGCAAGUCUCAGCAGGCGGGGUUGAAAGAGGGAGAUGUGCUGCUCGCUGUGAACGGUGAGAGCGUGCUAGGCAAGUCUUACCAGGAAGCUAUGAAUAUGGUGGACGCUGCAGGGAACGACCUGUCCAUUGAGAUACAAAGGGGAGGAACACCGCCAGCUGCCCCGCACGUGCCCGUGCGCAGUUUAGCCAAAAGCUUUGUAAUCAAACCAGUAUCUGAACCACCGACGUUUGGGACCACUUACGCUUCUACAGCCGUCAGCCGCACAUCUUUACUCAGCGAUGGACAGACGACUGAGAGAACCACCACUACGGCCGUCACCUACAACGUGGAUGGGGAACAAAAGUCGUAUGUGUCCACGGAGAAACAGAGCUUCCCGGGGGUGCCUGAUAGUAAGGGAGAAAUUACGACACCCAGAGCAUCGACAACGCUGUACCUGACGUCAACGCCUGCUGGGAAAGAGAACGCGCCGCCCCCUGAACCGAUGUUCAAGGUGAGCAGUGUUAAGGUGAAGAGCAAGAAGGCUAUUUGGUCUCCGCACCCUGACCAAGACCAACCGGAUGCCCAUCCAAGUAAAGAACAUCAUGAGGUCGAUGGUACCAGCACCCCAACGUCAUCGGUUCAAAAUGGCAGCGUUGUUGACAUCAGUCGCCUCCCGAUCUGGUCGGCUCCCCACCUACCGCCGACCCCCCAGGAAGCGCGUCAGUGUCUUCUGGAUCCCGAGGAGAUGGCGUCCGCUUUGAAAAAACGAGGACACAAAAUUGAAGCGUUGAAACUGAGGAAGAUUUUAACUCCGUCUGAGUUUGAGGAUGAGACCCCCUUGUCACCAACAUCGCAUAAGAAGAAGUUUGCAGAUUCAGCAUUUUACGAUGCCCCAGGUGAGUUGUACCCUACCGUCAAUGAACAGGUCCAGAUGGCUCGCAAGAUUGCCAAGUCCCUAGAAGCCGCGGCCAAUAAAAGGGCCCGGGGUGGGAGAAUGUAUGCCAAACGUAAGCGCAAAUCCUCCAAGUGGGUUCAUGUGGGCUAUACCGUUGGCAGUGUGAGUGGCUAUAGCAGUGAGGGGUCGCUAGGGGAAGGUCUUGGACGGCUGCAGGAUUUUGAUGACAUAGAACCCGAUUCACCACACCCUGAUAGUCACAACCUAGAAGGCAUGUAUCAAUACCCCGGACAUGUUCCCCUGUGGCCGGUAGAUACCCUGGGGGAGUAUGGUGAGAGGCAUGGGGAUAAAGCGGUUCUCACCCCGCAAGAGGUGGAGAGGCUGAGGCUUGGGCAAGACAAAUGCAGACACAACGUCGUGUCACCUCAAAUGUGUUUCAAUAUUGCCAAGGAUUUACAAAAGCAAAAAGGUCGGGGAGCGACCAUCUUUGCCAAGCGUCGUGAACGCGCUGAUAAGUAUAUCAUAGAUGAAACCAAUGUUAAAAGUCCCCCACCCCCACCUGUUGCCCUUACCAGGAAACUGGAGGAGGUGGUUGCCGUGAAAACUUACAAGAGCCCAUGGGAGGCGGCCAUGGAGAAUCCCUUCAGCCUGGAUGAUGCCUUCACCCAUAUUAACCACCAGCCUGGAUCCCGCCGUGCCGUUAAGUCUUUGGAUAUGACCGAUUUACCGAUCCAACUCCAACCCCGACCCCCCGAGUCCUGGAAACGCACCUCUACCUCCUCCCCCGUCUCCCCCGGGACGACCCUGGGAGGGCCUGCGCCGGCGUCCGGGAGUCAGUUCCCCGAUCACAAUCGGAAGAUUCGUGGAUGGACCCCUCGCUCUGCUGUCAGAGCAGAAACUGGAUCGGAUGUACACUACUACAGUCCGACUCCAGAAGCCACGAGCCCACAAGUAGCACCACCGCCUGCCACUCCUCAAUCUGAGACCAGCUCCACUGCAUCCGGGUCUAAAAAAGUGUUUGGGGACUACAACCCCAGGAUCAGGGCCUGGAGACGGCCAAGUCCUAAACGUGAGGACGCCGAGGCCUGGUUGUCUGAUGGGGAGUAUUCUGAUUAUUCAGAUGACGUGCAACAUCCACCCAUAUAUGUCUUGCCUCCAAGGAUAGAAAGGAAAGAAGUCACUGUGGAAAAGAAAGGAUUUCGUCCAAUCUCCUUCAAAGCCCCUCACCCGAAGGCCGGCGUGUUUCAAGUGCUUCCACAAUCACCGCAGACCUCUUCAGUCGGAGUAUUUUACGGGCCUGAGCCAACAUCGAAACCAGCACCACAGUCACAAUCUUCGACUUUCAAGCAGACGACCACUACAACGAGUACAAGGUCCCUGCACAGGAACGUGCUUCCACAAGCUGAACCGGAUGCUCCUGUUAAUCAGCCAAAGCCUUUCACGUUAACUACAGUUACCACGGAAACCAAAGAAGAAAACGAAGGCCCAAGCGAAGAAAGGGGGAACCAUUACAAUGUUCCCUUGCGCCAUAUUGAAACAAAGACUCCAUCCCCAAGGGUAUCUAGAGAGGCAAGUCCUCAGGUAGUACAUGUUGAAGCAGAAAGGCCAAGGGAACCUUCACCAAACGUCGCAGCCACCACGGAAGAAACAGAAACAUCGUUUCAGAUCACUUUUGACGCAAACACCGGAGACGAUCAGCAAGAACAGACCCAAGAGGACACAGAGGCGAGCUUUGUCAUCACAGCUGAAGCUGACGCCAGCGAUUUAUGAAAUGAGGCUGACUAUGUAUAGUGUCUACUCAGUGAGACUACCAAGGGCGACACGCUCAUACAGAAAGAAACGCUGUGUGAACCCGCCCCGUUCGCCCGCCAUGACGUCCCCACAAUCCAAGAGUGGAGUGUGCCUCUGAUGGUCGUCAUGAACACGACGUCACUCAAUAUAUGGUCAUUGCUUCUGUAACGUGCAUCAUUUAAGUUUUGUAAAUUGGCGAUCUGUUCACACCAAAUACCCGAAUCAGACAGACAGACCACGGACCAACUGUUCUUUUCCUACCGACAACAUGCUCAUUUUCUAAGUGAAAAACAGUUUAUAUAGUAUAGCUGGGUAUUUAGAAUGUUAGGUGUGCAAUAACAGUGACGUAUAUGUUACGAUUAAAUAUUAGUCUGUAGGUAUUACUAAUAGCCACGUUGCAAUGGAUUACGUUAGUAUAUUCUUAACUACGUUUAAUUUUCGUUAAUAUUGUUAGCAAGCCAUUUUGUUUCCAAGUUCACUGUUCUUUAUUUUAUGCGAGGAUACUUCUCUGUGAAGGUAGAUGUAGAUGCCUGGUUUCUACGUAGGUCAUAUUUAUAACAACAUGUACUAGAAUGUGAUCUUUUCUUGCCAUUCCCGAGCUAAGACCAUUUCGCGUCCUUGAAAGGGUAUCUUGUCAUUCUUCACACCUUGGUUUAUUAUUUUAAAAGUAGUGUGAUAUUUUGAAAUGACUUAAAGAUACAACCUUGCUACGCAUAUUUAACAAACUAUCUCUCGUUCUGUGUAUGAAGACGUAAAAAUAUCUCGCUCCGUAAUAGCAGCAUAUCAUUUUACUUUAUUUCUAUCCAACACUGGUGUAUUUAACCUUAUAAGCCAAGUGAGAUUAAGUAUUAUCCACCUAGAACAAAUACAUUGUGAACGACAAGUCUCUUGAAAUUGACCCGGAGAAAAUGCAGUGUGAUUAGAAAAAUACAAAUAUAUAAAAUGUCAGAAUUAUUGAAAAACAGGAGAAAAAAGAUAUGGUAUUUAAAGGGUUACUCUGAGCGUGGUCCCUGUGUGCGCUUUCAAAAACAUUUAAUAAACUUUUUUGCAAUUAAAAUUAUGAUAAGCGUA